GAGCGCCACAGUAACCGAGAUCGAGCCAGUCUGAACGCACGUGUCCGGGAGACAGCCAGUUUGUUUGUGCGCGCGCGCGAAAGGUUUAAAAAAAGAUUAACGACGACGACGGCACACGUUCCCUCGGUUCGUACCAGAGUACGAGCUGUGAAAAGUGAAAGAUAGCCUUAGCCGAUAGCCAGCAGCAGCAGCAGCAGGCAGCAUCAUCGUCAGCCAUUCGUGCGAUCGUGCGGUUGGAGAACCAGGGUGCAAGAUCAUCUCGUGCGUGCACACACCGCGUGAAGUGGGAAGGUUUGUGUCGCUAGUGCUGAGGUGUGGUUCUCGGUGUCCAGAGAGAGAGAGAGAGGGAGAAAGAGAGAGGAUUUUCCUCCGACAAGCGGUCUUGACGCGCAAAAAUUGACGACGCGAAACGUUGCUUUACAGAGGUUGCGAAGGUCGUUUUGUGAAAAGAUCAAGGACGAGACGAGGUUUUAAGCGUAGUCGUUGAAGAAGCACUACAAGAACGAAACGUGAUCAAGCGCUGAGAGCAGCAAAACAGACAAGCGGUGGAACGCGUGAUCGAAUCAAACGAUUUAGAGAGAGAAAAUCGGACAAAAUGCGGACCAACUCAAUACCGCCGAUGGCCACCAGUGCCCUGCUCGUCUGGAUGAUGAUGACGAUCAUCAUGACAGUGCCUUCGGCCGAAGCCUGUUCGUGCUACCCCCAACAUCCACAGUCGGCGUACUGUGAGGCAGACUAUGUGAUCGUAGCGCAGGUGUUGCGCAAAUCGCAGAACACGAAAACGCACAACGCGUACAAGAUUGCAAUCAAGAAGGAAUACAAGAUGUCGGAUGCUGCACGGGAGGAGCUGCGCCACGGCAAGCUGUACACACCGUCGAUGGAUUCGAUGUGCGGUAUUACGCUGGAACCGAACAAGCUGUACGCGAUCGCGGCCAACACCAACCAGAUCGGGCUGUGCAACUUUGUGCGCCCGUACGCCGAGCUGUCGCUGGUCGAGAAGCGUGGCCUGGCGGGUAUGUACCGGAAGGGAUGUGAUUGCCGCAUCGUACCGUGCUUCAGUCCAAAGUGCGUGUUCAAACCGGGCGUCUGUAGCUGGUCGGCGCUGUCCAACAAGGGCGACUGCGAGACACGGUUCGGCUCGUGUGUACCAGCCGGUCGGGCUCAGCAGAACGGUGUCCCGACCAAGUGCCACUGGCGUCGAUCGCCACGCUUCUCCGAGUGUCUCGCCAACGGCAAAUAGACGAAGAGACCAACGCCAAUGCUGCGGGCACCAUCGAAUCGAUCGAUCUAUUUUCACUCGAUGCACUCCCUAAUCUGGAAUAAUGUACACCACCCCCUCAAACCCAACUUUCCUCACCCUGUAAUCGCUUUACUUUUUUGUUUUUUUUUUUUGUUGGAGCAUGUAUGUAAUGCUAAUGUUUCCUGCGUCAGCGCCAUGCGUGGCCCGGUUAUUUAUCACGCUACAUUACUACUAUCUAACUGUGUCUAUCCGAAGCAUAUGGAUGUAUGUGUCUCUGUGUGUGUCUUUUAUAUUCAUUGAUUAUGGCACCGUACGCGUACGCGGGAUGAAUGUAAAUUAUAUACUUUUGUUUGUUAAGUACAAAUUAGCAUGAAUGUAAGCGUAAAUUAAGGACAGCACAGCACGGACGGGGCAGUGGAUCGCUCGAACUUAGGACCCUUCCGCCCCUGCCCGGGUUGUGAAUAAAUAUUGUGUAACAUGUAA